CUUCUUUCAGCCCCAAUCCUACUCGCUCUGAUGGCUGGUGAGGCAGCUGGCAUCAUGGAGAACAUCAGUGAUGAUGUGAUUGUCGGACGCUGCCUGGCUAUUCUCAAAGGAAUAUUUGGAAGCAGCGCUGUGCCGCAGCCAAAGGAAACUGUGGUCACGCGGUGGCGCGCAGAUCCCUGGGCAAGGGGCUCCUACUCGUACGUCGCUGCGGGUUCUUCAGGUAACGACUAUGACCUGAUGGCACAACCCAUCACUCCUGGCCCUGCCAUACCGGGAGCCUCACAGCCCGUCCCUCGUCUCUUCUUCUCUGGGGAGCACACAAUAAGGAACUACCCCGCUACAGUUCACGGCGCCCUGCUCAGCGGACUCCGUGAGGCCGGACGUAUUGCAGAUCAAUUCCUGGGUGCCAUGUACACACUUCCCCGACAGGCCACCCCCACAGCUGCCAGCAACCCUCAGCAGGCUCAGCCAACGCCAAGUGUCUGAAAUCACCUCUCCCAGUUCCAUAGAAAACACAAGUUUACCUACAAACUGUUGAUAUUUCAGUGUGUGAAUGGAAGUCCCUGCAACACGUUGUAUUAUUGCCUUUACUUUAACAGAAACUUUAUAUUCUGGCUGUAGUUAUGAUGCAAAUUUGAGAUUUUUAACCGGAGCAGUUCGGUUCCUCAGACUUCUGUUUACAUUUCAAGCAAAAUGUUGAGAUAGAAACCUACUACGAAGACUGGACUAAGUUGAAAGAUGACGUAAUCCCAAAUUUGUUACAUAGCAAAGAAAAAGCUCAUCUUUAAAAAAUGUUUAACAUCCUAGUCUUAAAAAUGGGAAGCACGGCAUUAUGUUUGAAGUGAUUGAGUGUGUUUGAUUCCAUGUGGAGCAUGUCUGCAAACAUCUAUUUAUGUGCCCUUGUCUAAAUCCUGUAAAUUCCCUAAAUGUAUACACAACCUAGAGCCAGAUAUCUAAUAAGACCGAUGACCAACUCAGUAGCAGUCUCAAUCUCAAGGCCUUGUCUUGGUUGUCUUAAAGUCUUAAAACAUAGCUAUGUACUGUAGCUUUAUGCCUCCUGAAUUUACUUUCAUUAAGGUUGCAGAGUGUAGUGAAAAUAGUUUGUAUUCAAAGCUAAAAAAAAAAAAACAAUUAUGAUGAAAGAAUUGUGAAUGUUUUUUGUUGCCAUAGCAGUUUAAGUAUUUUAUUAUGGUUGUCAUCACAUACUUUUUUAUAUUGUCAAUUGUUUUGUUAUUAAAA